UGUUAAACCAUGUCGUCUCUUUGAUUCUCACGGAAAAAACGUGGUUCAAUAGCAAACCCUAAAACCCUCUCUCUCUCUCUCUCUCUGUGUGUGUGUGUGUGUUUGUGCGUCAAUGGAGCUUCGUUCUCGUCGACGCGUUUCCAACACCACGGUUUCCGCAGGGAAGGAGAAGCAACUGAGGGAUGCCUCUGGGGAUGUUGAAACUAAUGGCCAGUGCAGCAAUAAUGCCGAUGAAGGCGUUUCUGAUAAAUCUUCACAUUCAGAUUCUGAUUUUGAAGAUGAAGAGUUUGGUGGGAACGUCCUUCUUGACUUGAAUCAAGAACCGACUUCAAGCAUUUGUAUUUCUGAUGGAGAAGAUAAUGCUUCUGAUUUUUCUGAUGGUAGCAAGCCUUUAUCUAAAAGGGGAAAGGCACAGUCCAGAAAGAAAAGAAAAAUAUUGAACUUGAAAACUGGAGAACCGAGUGGUGUAGAGAAAAUGGUGGAGGGUGGGGAUGAUGAGGACUAUUCAAUGCUUCUCCCUCAAUCAGUUCCCAUCAAUUUGACUAUGGCGAAAAAGAAGAAAAAAGCAAAAAAAACAAGAAAGGAAGAUUCUCAGACAGUGUUAUUGUGGCAUGCUUGGGAAGAGGAGCAAGAGAAAUGGAUUGACGAGAAUUUAUUGGAAGAUGUUAUCAUAGAUCAUCAGAGUGAAGUGAUGAAUGAAACUGCUGAGCCAUCCUCAGAUCUGACUAUGCCUUUGCUAAGAUACCAAAAUGAAUGGUUAGCUUGGGCUUUGAAACAAGAAAAUUCUGCAACUAGAGGAGGAAUCCUUGCUGAUGAAAUGGGAAUGGGGAAGACUAUUCAAGCGAUUGCCCUUGUCCUUGCCAAACGUGAAUUCCAUCAAAUGAGUUGCGAACCAGAUGAACCCUCACCUUCACCAGAGUCAUCUAGAGUCUUGCCUAUGAUAAAAGGAACACUUGUGAUUUGUCCUGUGGUUGCUGUCACUCAGUGGGUCAGUGAGAUUGAUCGAUUUACUUUGAAAGGAAGCACCAAGGUGCUGGUUUAUCAUGGGGCAAGGAGAGGGAAGAGUGCUGAACAGUUCUCGGAGUAUGAUUUUGUAAUAACAACAUACUCUAUUGUUGAGUCUGAGUACAGAAAGUAUAUGAUGCCUCCUAAGGAUAAGUGUCCAUAUUGUGGAAAAUUAUUUUACCAGAAUAAGUUAUCUUAUCACCAGAGGUAUUUUUGUGGGCCUGAUGCUGUUAGAACAGAUAAACAAUCAAAGCAACUUAAGAAAAAGAAAAGAGAUGUUACUAAACAGAAAAUCACAGAACCAGAUUGUUGGAAUGGAGAAUUGGAACAGGGUUUUAUUAAGAAGAAGGAAGAGGAGAUGCGCUGCAGAAAAGAAGACCCAGAUGCAAUAGGCAGGGAGAAGUCAUUUCUACAUGCUGUAAAAUGGCAGAGGAUUAUAUUGGAUGAGGCGCACUAUAUAAAAUCUAGACAUUGCAACACUGCAAAAGCAGUUCUUGCUUUAGAGUCUUCCUAUAGAUGGGCAUUAAGUGGUACACCCCUUCAGAACCGUGUUGGAGAGCUGUAUUCUUUGGUACGGUUUCUGCAGAUAGUUCCUUAUUCCUAUUACCUGUGCAAGGAUUGUGAUUGCAGGACACUUGAUCAUAGCUCUUCUAAACAAUGUUCAAACUGCUGCCACAGUUCUGUUAGACACUUCUGUUGGUGGAACAAAUAUAUUGCCACACCAAUUCAAUCAUAUGGAUAUGGUGAUUGUGGAAGAAGAGCUAUGAUAUUGCUUAAAGACAAAAUUUUAAAGAACAUAGUUCUAAGGCGCACUAAAAUAGGCAGGGCUGCUGAUCUUGCUCUUCCGCCUAGAAUUGUUUCUUUGAGGCGGGAUAGCCUGGAUAUAAAAGAGCAAGACUAUUACGAAUCGUUAUACAAUGAAAGUCAGGCUCAGUUUAAUACAUAUGUAGAAGCAAAUACUCUGAUGAAUAAUUAUGCUCAUAUAUUUGACCUCCUCACACGGCUGCGUCAGGCUGUUGAUCAUCCAUAUCUUGUGGUUUAUUCUCCAACUGCAGCAUUACGAGGUGGGAACUCGGCUAGUAAUGGUGGUAAUGUUGAACAAGCAUGUGGCCUUUGUCAUGAAGCAGUAGAAGAUCCUGUGGUUACCUCUUGUGAGCAUAUUUUUUGCAAGGCAUGCUUGAUAGACUUCUCUGCUUCCCUGGGAAAAGUAUCAUGCCCCUCUUGCUCUAAAUUACUUACAGUUGAUCUAACUUCCAACAAGGAUGUUGGGGUUCAUGCUGAUAAAGCAACAAUUAAGGGAUUCAGAUCCUCAAGCAUUUUAAACAGAAUUCAGAUAGAGAACUUUCAGACAAGUACUAAAAUAGAGGCAUUGAGAGAAGAAAUUAGAUUUAUGGUUGAAAGGGAUGGUUCUGCCAAAGGGAUUGUUUUUAGCCAGUUCACAUCAUUCUUGGAUCUCAUAAACUACUCCUUGCACAAGUCAGGUGUAUCUUGCGUUCAACUGAAUGGAAGCAUGUCAUUGGCUGCCCGAGAUACUGCCAUUAAGAGAUUUACUGACGAUCCAGACUGCAAAAUUUUUCUGAUGAGCUUGAAGGCUGGAGGUGUUGCUCUCAAUUUGACAGUAGCAUCACAUGUUUUCCUUAUGGACCCAUGGUGGAACCCUGCGGUGGAGCGUCAGGCUCAAGACAGAAUUCACCGGAUAGGGCAAUACAAACCCAUCAGAAUUGUGAGAUUUGUCAUUGAAAACACCAUUGAGGAGAGGAUUUUGAAGCUGCAAGAGAAGAAGGAACUAGUGUUUGAAGGGACAAUAGGCGGCUCUUCUGAGGCUUUGGGGAAAUUGACGGAGGCUGACUUAAAAUUUCUCUUUGUCACCUAAGCAGGCCUGUUAUUUUGAUGGGAAAAUCUGUUGCUACUUCUAAUGUCUAUGCGCGGUAAAUGCAUUAUAGCUGUAAAUAGGUAUAUCGGCUAUUUUGCCCACUGGAAAAGAAACGUGCGACGCUGCUGUUGAAUGUGAAUCAGUGGGAUUUUGAUGCACCAUGAUUUCUAUUCAAACUACCCAUCGUAUUGGGUGUCAAAUGUAACUUUUGAGAGAUAAGUUAGCUCGUCAGAUAUAUAAACCAUAAAGAUGUCCUGGAGUUGUCGGAGAUUGAAUCUUCGUUAUCACAAGUAAUGCCUAGCUGUUGAUUGAAGUUUAUAUGUUUUGAGUUUCCGUAGCUGUCGAUGGAGGUGACCAUUGCCUGUGAUACAAAUGAGUAAACAAGGAUGGCACCCUAUGGGAUACUUAUGGCCUUUUUCAGUUUUGGCUGUUGCGUAGCAUUGAUUUUAUUCUUAGACACAUCGGAAUGCUGGCUAUCUGUAGUUUUGAUUGUUGAACCUACCGAAGUUAGUCCCUCACAUUUUAGUAAUCUGUAACGAAUUGACCUAAAAAGACAUGAAUGAAACUAUCUUCUUAUGAAA